UCUGCCGUUCCCGCCAAAUAUCAAGUCGUCUGCCGACAGCGUCUGGCCCAUUCACGCCCACCGCAAUUUCGGCCAGCAAAUUUUAUGCGCGUACGUGACUUGCGCGUUGUGUUUUUCAGGUGGUGAGAUGAAAGUGUGAAAGUACUGUGCGAAAUGGGCUGUCGCCAGUCCAAGAUCAUUGACGAAACCGCGAGUAUAUCAGCCGGUUCUGUGCAGACGGUGCUGCGACCACGUCACCAGCGACGAAAACAUCAAAUCAGGUGGGCGAAACAGGCAUCUUCGUGUAGUGGGAGUAGACGUGUUGACACUCGUGUGUCGGCAAAGUAUGCGGUUAAGGCAGUAAUAGCCAAAGGACGGUUCAGUCGAGUGCUGCGAGUCGAGAACAGGCUAUCAAAACAGCCGUACGCAAUUAAAGUAAUCGAAACAAGAGACGGCUCGCACGUUGAGACCGAACUGGCUGUAUUGAGACGCGUUCGGCACCCAAAUGUGGUGCGUCUCGACGAAGUGUUCUGCGUUGGGUGUCGUGUAUACAUGGUUAUGGAGCUGGCAACCGGCGGCAACCUGCUGGAUAAAGUGGAAAUGUGUGCCCCGUUCGUCGAAGCCGACGCGGCUCGCGUUAUUGGCAUGGUCGCCUGCGGCCUGGCGCACCUUCAUGACUUGGGCAUCGCGCACCGGAAUCUGCAGCCCGAGAACGUGCUCUACGCACAUCCAGGAGCAGGGGCCAAAGUGAUGAUAGCCGACUUCGGGGAGGCCUGUGCGCCCCGAUCGGGACGGGAGGCGCACAUGCACACCGUGUGUGGAGGGGCGCUUCACUACACGGCUCCCGAGCUCGUCGCACGCCGGCCUUACACCCGCGCCGUGGACAUGUGGGCGUUGGGGGUGAUCGCCUGCUUCCUGCUUACUGGCGCGCUGCCCUUCGACGCGGACAACGACGCCGACUUGGUGCGGCUCAUCCUGAGGGCACAACUUCCUACGGCGGAGCGGGGCUGGGAGCACGUGUCCCCGGAGGCCAAAUGCGUAGCUCGCCGACUACUGCAGCGUAACCCAGUGCAGAGACUAACCGCAGCCGAGCUGCUGCGCCAUCCGUGGGUGGCAGCGAUGGUGACGACCGCGGGUACAGCGCACAGGCCGGCACAGCUCCGGCUUCAGCGUAGAGGAGGUGAAGAGUGAGGUGACGUACAAGUACAACCAGGGGCCGCACUCCCUCCGUUUGUCGGCCUCCUUUUUUCCCCCCUUCUUUUUUGACAAGUUGCCAGUCGUACGCGCGGAAGCAACGCAUCGAUGAACAUCUUUCCUUCUACGAGUGGACUUUGGACAACGAGCAGCACCGCACAUUUGACGAACGCUCGCAGGGACGCGACUGCAGCGGGAUGCACGAUUGUUUUUAUUUAUACAUUUGUUGUUACACUUAUACGCUACCAUUUGACGACGACCGGUGUCGGGAGUUUGCGCCUGCAGAUGGAUACGUACGUAUGUGAAAGCUUGUGGUCGCGCAUAACUCCGUCUGACAUGCUGGUUGGAUACGGCUUUUAACAUAAUCUGUAUGUUUUUGUAUUCUAUUUACACCAUUUGUGCAUCGCCAGCACAGCUAUAAAAGAAAAGCACGGAUAUAUUUUCUACGGCAAAACUUUUACCUAAUUGGACUCGCAGCUAUGUUGCUUGUUUAUAGUUAAUAUAAGAGAAACCUUAGUUUGGUUUAGAAAUAUAUUGACAACAACGAAUGUUGGCUGUGUUGAUAUCGCGCAGUUCUUUUUUGUUACCGUAUGAUAUUUGUUUUAUUAGCGAGCAGCCAGAUGUGUCGCCUCUGCAUCUCUGCAAGAACGCCAAAAUGUUAACGUGGCAGCUGGCUGGAGUUGUGGUGCUGUUCUGCUCCUUAUGCGCUAUCUGAAUUCUAUAAGUCAUGUUUCACCAAACAGCCCGCACUACAAAUCUAUACUACGCUUCUGACAAACAUCACGUUGUGCUAUAUAUGUGUUUCGUCAAAUAAAACCUAUUUAUGUGGGAUAACCUUUAUUCGGACCCCGCAUGAUUUAUUUACAUAAUACCCUAAAAAAUCAAACAAUUGCGACGUUUCUUUCUCUCUCUCGUACAAGUGCAGAUCGUGCAACGACGUAUAUAAAUGCCAAGGCGUUUCGCUUUUUGUCGACUUCGCUUUGGACUGCAGCCGAGAAGACAAAUAUAAAAGCAGCAAUAAGGGCGAUCAUGUGACAAUUACGUUGAUUGAUUGCUUUUCGAGUUGCCAAAAAAAAAAGUCGCAGUUUCGCCGGAAAGGCGAAGCGUCGAUUGCAAUAGCAAAUUCGUAGACAGCUAUACGAAGUAAGGAUAGUAGUUUUAUGGGCCGUAUAACCUUGUAAACAUUCGUUUACUAACAAACUGCUAAGCAUGGUGUUGGCGUGCACAGGCAAGUAUGAACACAUCACACUCGAUGACCGCGGACACACUCUGUCAAAUCGCUGGCGUCAGGAAGCGCGGCAGCAGCAGCGAACGAAGUGACCUUCGUGCUGUGUAUCGCUUCAACGCAA